CGCCGUGUCCCCGCCCCAGUUCCCGGGGGGUGAGUGGGGGAGAAGGGGCGGUCGCCCGCCAGCCGUGAAUCACCUCCUCCUCCCCCUCCUGCCUCGGCGCCGCCGCCACCUUUCCAUUCAGUCGCCCAACAUGGCUGGAGCGCGGCGGAGGUGAGCCGGCCGCCCCCCGCCGCCGCAGCCUCCUGCGCCCCGAGCGCCGCGGCGCAGCCCGGAGGCGCCUCCGCUCCGCGGUGCCGAAGCCCAGGGGCCCGGCCGUCGCCCGCCGCCGGCAUGUGGGGCGCCCCGGACGAGAGCUCCGUGCGGGUGGCUGUCAGAAUAAGACCUCAACUUGCCAAAGAAAAGAUUGAAGGAUGCCAUAUUUGUACAUCUGUUACACCAGGAGAACCUCAGGUCUUCCUAGGGAAAGACAAAGCUUUUACUUUUGAUUAUGUGUUUGACAUUGACUCCCAGCAAGAGCAGAUCUACACUCAAUGUAUAGAAAAACUAAUCGAAGGUUGUUUUGAAGGAUACAAUGCUACAGUUUUUGCUUAUGGACAAACUGGCGCUGGCAAAACAUACACAAUGGGAACAGGAUUUGAUGUUAACAUCAUCGAGGAAGAACAGGGUAUCAUUUCUCGUGCUGUUAAACACCUUUUCAAGAGUAUUGAAGAAAAAAAACAUACUGCCAUUAAAAGCGGGCUUCCUCCUCCAGAUUUUAAAGUGAAUGCGCAAUUCUUAGAGCUAUAUAAUGAAGAGGUCCUUGACUUAUUUGAUACCACGCGUGAUAUUGAUGCAAAAAAUAAAAAAUCAAAUAUAAGAAUUCAUGAAGAUUCAACUGGAGGAAUUUAUACUGUGGGCGUCACAACACGGACUGUGAACACAGAAUCAGAGGUGACAUUUAUCCAAACAAUCAUGAUAGCAUGUGUCAGCCCUUCAGACAGAGAUUUUAUGGAAACUUUAAAUACUCUGAAAUAUGCCAAUCGAGCUAGAAAUAUCAAGAACAAGGUGAUGGUCAAUCAGGACAGAGCUAGUCAGCAAAUCAAUGCCCUCCGCAGUGAGAUCACACGACUGCAGAUGGAGCUCAUGGAGUACAAAACAGGUAAAAGAAUAAUUGAUGAGGAGGGUGUGGAAAGCAUCAAUGACAUGUUUCAUGAGAAUGCUAUGCUACAGACUGAAAAUAAUAACCUGCGUGUAAGAAUUAAAGCCAUGCAAGAGACGGUUGAUGCGUUGAGGACCAGAAUCACACAGCUUGUUAGCGAUCAGGCCAACCAAGUUCUUGCCAGAGCAGGUAUGCGUUUGGCACUUGGCAAUGUAAUAAGUGCAUUGGGAGACAAGAGUAAGAGGGCCACGCAUGUCCCCUAUAGAGAUUCUAAGCUGACAAGACUGCUACAGGAUUCCCUUGGGGGUAAUAGGGCAAAAUUAUUAGAAAGUGAAGCCGUGAAUGAGAACCUUCGAAAAAACUUGACAAGAGCCACCACCAGAUCACCGUAUUUCAGUGGGCCAUCAUCUUUCUCUCCUAUACUGUCCUCAGACAAAGAGACCAUUGAAAUUAUAGAUCUAGCUAAGAAAGAUUUAGAGAAGCUGAAAAGGAAAGAAAAGAAGAAGAAAAAAAGGCUACAGAAACUUGAGGAAAGCAAUCGAGAAGAAAGAAGUGUGACUGGUAAAGAGGAUAAUACAGACACCGACCAAGAGAAGAAAGAAGAAAAGAGUAUUUCAGAAAGAGAAAACAAUGAAUUAGAAGUGGAAGAAGGCCAAGAAGUAAGUGACCAUGAGGAUGAGGAAGAGGAGGAGGAGGAAGAAGAAGAUGACAUUGAAGGGGGUGAAAGCUCUGAUGAAUCAGAUUCUGAAUCAGAUGAAAAAGCCAAUUAUCAAGCAGACUUAGCAAACAUUACCUGUGAAAUUGCAAUCAAGCAAAAGCUGAUUGAUGAACUAGAAAACAGCCAGAAAAGACUGCAGACGCUGAAAAAGCAAUAUGAAGAGAAGCUAAUGAUGCUGCAACAUAAAAUUCGGGACACUCAGCUUGAAAGAGACCAGGUGCUUCAAAACUUAGGUUCAGUGGAAUCUUACUCAGAAGAAAAGGCAAAAAAAGUUAAGUCUGAAUAUGAAAAGAAACUCCAAGCCAUGAAUAAAGAACUGCAGAGACUUCAGACAGCUCAAAAAGAGCAUGCGAGGUUGCUUAAAAAUCAGUCUCAAUAUGAAAAGCAAUUGAAGAAAUUGCAGCAGGAUGUGAUGGAAAUGAAAAAAACAAAGGUUCGCCUAAUGAAACAAAUGAAAGAAGAACAAGAAAAAGCCAGAUUGACAGAAUCUAGAAGAAACAGAGAGAUUGCACAAUUGAAAAAAGAUCAACGUAAAAGAGAUCAUCAACUUAGACUUCUGGAAGCCCAAAAAAGAAACCAAGAAGUGGUUCUUCGUCGCAAAACUGAAGAGGUUACAGCUCUUCGUCGGCAAGUAAGGCCCAUGUCAGAUAAAGUGUCUGGGAAAGUCACUCGGAAGCUGAGCUCAUCCGAUACCCCUGUGCAGGACACAGGUUCCAGCGCAGCUGCCAUAGAAACAGAUGCGUCAAGGGCAGCAGCCCAGCAGAAAAUGAGAAUUCCUGUGGCAAGAGUCCAGGCCUUACCAACGUCCACAACAAAUGGAACCAGAAAAAAAUAUCAGCGGAAAGGACUGACUGGCCGAGUGUUUAUUUCCAAGACCGCUCGCAUGAAAUGGCAGCUUCUUGAGCGCAGAGUCACAGACAUCAUCAUGCAGAAAAUGACCAUUUCCAAUAUGGAGGCCGAUAUGAACAGGCUACUCAAGCAACGGGAAGAACUCACAAAAAGACGAGAAAAACUUUCAAAAAGAAGGGAAAAGAUCAUCAAGGAGAAUGGAGAAGGAGAUAAAAAUGUGCUUAACAUCAAUGAGGAGAUGGAGUCAUUAACUGCUAAUAUAGAUUAUAUCAAUGACAGUAUUUCUGAUUGUCAAGCCAACAUCAUGCAGAUGGAAGAAGCAAAGGAAGAAGGAGAAACACUGGAUGUCACUGCAGUCAUUAAUGCUUGCACACUUACUGAAGCCCGAUAUCUACUUGAUCACUUCCUGUCAAUGGGCAUUAAUAAGGGUCUUCAGGCAGCCCAGAAAGAGGCUCAAAUUAAAGUACUUGAAGGUCGGCUUAAACAAACCGAAAUUACCAGUGCUACACAAAACCAGCUCUUAUUCCAUAUGUUGAAAGAGAAAGCCGAAUUAAAUCCUGAGCUAGAUGCUUUACUAGGCCAUGCUUUACAAGAUCUAGAUAGCGUACCAUUAGAAAAUGUAGAGGAUAGUACUGACGAGGAUGCACCUUUAAACAGCCCGGGAUCAGAAGGAAGCACGCUGUCUUCAGACCUUAUGAAGCUUUGUGGUGAAGUGAAACCUAAAAAUAAGGCCCGAAGGAGAACCACCACUCAAAUGGAGUUGCUGUAUGCAGAUAGCAGUGAACUAGCUUCAGACUCUAGUGCAGGAGAUGCCUCCUUGCCUGGCCCUCUUCCGCCUGUUGCAGAAGGGCAAGAGAUUGGAACGAAUGCAGACACAAGUGGUACCUGUGCUAGGGAAAAAGAACUCCCUCCCCCACCUGGCUUCCCUUCUAAGAUAGGCAGCAUUUCCAGACCAUCAUCUCUAUCAGAAAAAAAACUACCAGAGCCUUCCCCUAUAACCAGGAGAAAGGCAUAUGAGAAAGCAGAAAAAUCAAAGGCCAAGGAACAAAAACACUCAGACUCUGGAACCUCAGAGGCUAGCCUUUCACCUCCUUCUUCCCCACCAAGCCGACCCCGUAAUGAACUGAAUGUUUUUAAUCGUCUUACUGUUUCUCAGGGAAACACAUCAGUUCAGCAGGAUAAGUCUGAUGAAAGUGAUUCCUCUCUGUCGGAGGUACACAGUAGAUCCUCCAGAAGGGGCAUAAUCAACCCAUUUCCUGCUUCAAAAGGGAUCAGAGCAUCUCCACUCCAGUGUAUUCAUAUAGCUGAAGGGCAUACAAAAGCUGUGCUCUGUGUGGAUUCUACUGAUGAUCUCCUCUUCACCGGAUCAAAAGAUCGUACUUGUAAAGUAUGGAAUCUGGUGACAGGACAGGAGAUAAUGUCAUUGGGAGGCCAUCCCAACAAUGUCGUAUCUGUAAAGUACUGUAAUUAUACAAGUUUGGUCUUCACGGUGUCAACAUCUUAUAUUAAGGUGUGGGAUAUCAGAGAUUCAGCAAAGUGCAUCCGAACCCUGACGUCUUCAGGUCAAGUUACUCUUGGAGAUGCUUGUUCUGCGAGUACCAGCAGGACAGUAGCUAUUCCUUCUGGAGAGAACCAGAUCAAUCAAAUUGCACUAAACCCAACGGGCACUUUCCUCUAUGCGGCUUCCGGAAAUGCUGUCAGAAUGUGGGACCUGAAAAGGUUUCAGUCUACAGGAAAGUUAACGGGACACCUCGGCCCUGUAAUGUGCCUUACUGUAGAUCAGAUUUCCAAUGGACAAGAUCUCAUCAUCACUGGCUCCAAGGACCAUUACAUCAAAAUGUUUGAUGUAACUGAAGGGGCUCUUGGAACUGUGAGUCCCACCCACAAUUUUGAACCCCCUCAUUAUGAUGGCAUUGAAGCACUAACCAUACAAGGGGAUAACCUAUUUAGUGGGUCCAGAGAUAAUGGAAUCAAGAAAUGGGACUUAGCGCAAAAAGACCUUCUACAGCAAGUUCCAAACGCACAUAAGGAUUGGAUCUGUGCCCUGGGAGUGGUGCCAGGCCAUCCAGUUUUGCUUAGUGGCUGCAGAGGGGGCAUUUUGAAACUCUGGAACAUGGAUACGUUUGUGCCAGUCGGAGAGAUGAAGGGUCACGAUAAUCCUAUCAACGCCAUAUGUGUUAAUUCCACCCACAUUUUUACUGCAGCUGAUGACCGGACUGUGAGAAUUUGGAAGGCUCGCAAUUUGCAAGAUGGGCAGAUGUCUGACACAGGAGAUCUGGGGGAAGAUAUUGCCAGUAAUUAAACAUGAAUGAAGAUAGUCAUAAACUAAAUACUGUGAUAAUGCUGUAUAUGUUCUUUAUGGAAAAUAUUACCCUACAUUUAUUAGGCAAAAAUUUAUGAAUGGGAUUAACUGGAAAAUAUAUCUGAAUCCAACUGCUGACUAUAAGUGGUAUGCUAAUAAAAUUGUGUACUAUCCUGUGUGCUUAAUAUCUCCCAAUAUAUAUAUAUAUUCUAUAAUUGAUGUACUGCUUGAUUCACACUUUUAUUGUGGCUGGAUUUUUGUGACUAGCUAUAAAAAACACCUUCAAAUUAUUUGAAUUAUAAUAUGUCUGCUUUUGUGACAGUCAGAAAAUGCACCUGGAAUAUAAUGCAACCCACUAUGAACUCAUUUAUGUAGUGUGUUCAGAUAAUUUAUGUAUUUAAACUUAUUGGAAAUAUUACUCAAAUUGUGGUCUGUUUGUCUGGUAUUUAUAUCAGUCUAUGGAGGGUUUCCAAGUUUCAAAACUCUUUUAAUGUAAUGGAAAAACAAUAAGAUGAGAAUAUCGUUGAUGAUUUUUCAUGAAGAGGGGUUGUCCUUAAUCUACUAACCAAGAAUGUCAAACAGUUUGUGUUAAAUGUUGAUUAAAUGUUGACGUUUACUUGUAUCGACCAAAGUUUUGCAGCUGUGCUAUAUAUAUAUCCUGUGCUCAGGACUAAAAUGCCGUUAAGUUGUUGUAUUAGUGCUGUGCAUACAUUCUGUGAUGGAAACAUUUUUGAUGUCUUAACAGAAUAUAUUUUAAUCUAUUUUCCUAUGGAGUUAUUUCUGUUAUCACCUUUUAAUUUCAUUUUAUUUAAUAGUAGUAUUUCCUUACCCUUUUAUCUAUUUUUUUUAUAUGCUGCUAAAUAUAUUUUAAAUACACUAUGUUUGCAAACCUUGGUAGCUAUGAUGAAAACUGUAUCAUCUGUGGUGGGAAAAACUAUGUAAAUAGGUAGAUUGUAAAGAGAGAAUGUCUUACAUUGUAACCGUAUGAAUUUUUAAAUGCUGUAGAUUGGAUUUUGCAAAAGGAUGUAUAAUUUAUCUGUCUGCUCAGAUUAAUUUGUAAAUUCUGCAAGUUUAAUUUUUAUGUAGAUGGUAUAACAUUUGAAAAUAUUGUCUUGUGAUUUUUUUUUCCUUGAAAAUAUUUGCUUGUAAAUGAAAGCGGAGGUAGGGCUUAAAUAAACAUGUUGCUAUGAAUUA